ACGUAUGAGUACUGCAUCGUACUCUACACAUUAUUAUUAUUCGGCAAUAAUUCGCCAUAGGUACAUACAUACAUACAUUGGCAUGUAUGUGGAGUGUCAAUUCGUACUCCUCGGCGUCAAAUAAAGGUGCGAACAACCGAACAUACGAGUUCAUCCAUUCGACCCCAGAUGUCCACAGGUGUCCCAAAGGCAUUCCAGCUUGCUGGUCGUUCCCGCUUUGGUGGCGCCUGUGUAAAUGCCGUAAUCUGACGCGUGUAAUGGUUGACCGAAACCCAACGAGGCUCUAUCCUGUUUUUGAUGGUUCGUCUGAAGUGUUUGUUGGCUGUGUACAUGUACAUACAUGCGGCGGCGGCGGCAUGCAUCCUAUCGUCAAUAGUUGCAUCUUACAUUGUGGCAUUGCUGAUGCUGCGAAAUUAUUGCUUCGGCCAUUUUUGUUCUCUAGGAAAUACAUAAUACAUUCUCCACAGUUUCUAUUUUUGCAGCAUCGGGUUUUGACGAUCAUGUUCAUCAUUUUCCUCAACCUUGUUCCGACUGGGAGAAAGUUGUUGCUGGGGCAAGUUGUGCUUCAUACGGAGUUGUAGUGUAUGUAACAGAUCCUCCGCGCAUGCAAUGCAACCAAAGCCGGACCGUAAACCCCAUAGACAUGCAUAGAUACCUGAUAGCAAAAGACAACGAAUCAGCAUCGAAAGCUUCUGAAAUCCCCGAUUAUGUAUCUAUCUCCAUACUCCUUGAGUUUGCUCGCCCCCGCGUUCCGUCGUGAUAC